UUCUCCUCAUUGAAAACCUGGCUUCGUUUGAUAGGAGUAUGAUGACAUCUUUCGGGAUGCAAAAAACUCAGCAGCAUCACAACCGGGCUUGGAAAUUUGCGAUACUUGGAAGCAUUGCUGUUUCAAUAUCUGCAGUAUCGAUAAUACUGAUGGACCUGAUAAAUUUCCCACCAAAGUGGUCAUCAAUUUCAAAAAUAAAAUCAAAUAUCACUUACUGUGUACCUGUUAUCACGAGUAACUUUCUAGUAAUGCAAUUGUCAGCAAUGAUAUUGAUAAUUAAAGAAAGAUUUCGGUGGAUCAAUUUAGAGGCAGAAAAUCUCCGAAAUAAAUGGAACGUGAACAUCAGAAAGUUCUAUUCGUCGUUCUCAGAGUUGGAAGACAACUGGCACUUCAUAUAUUUUAAGAACCGGAUAGUGGAUAAAAUGGAACAUCUUAGGAGAAAAUAUACCUUUUUACAAACUCAGGUGCAGGAAUUGGACUCUACAUUUUCGUUGCGGAUACUAGCAAUAGUAUCGCUAAUUUUUUUUGCAAUACUCGCCAUUAUUUUGUUUUUCGUGAUUGAGCUGCCCAAAGCAUAUUACAGAAAGAAAACACUUCUGUUCACAGUUAAAGCUAUUGAAAUUUUGAUUUCAAACCUUCUUCAGUUGUUGACUCUCUGCAUUUGCAGUACGAUGUUAUACAAAGAGGCUGAAAACACUUUGUUGAUUUUCCAAAGAUUUGAGAUGGUAUCCAUGCUGGACAUUGAUGAUUUGAUCGAAUAUUUCUCCAAUCAAAUGUUACUAACCAAUGUGGAAAUCAGCCCCUUUGAUAUGUUUACACUGGAUAUUUCUCUGAUAUUUUCGGUAUUGCGAGGAAUUUCGUCAUAUCUUAUCGUUUGCAUACAAUUCUACUUCUAUUGAUAUUGUGUUUUUU